AUGCAUUCCACUACAUUUCAACUGUACUUUUGUCCAAUGGUCUUACUUGAUAGCGCUGAAAUGAAAGAGUGGUCCCAUCACUGCGGUUUCAUUCUUCUCCUCUGCUACGAGCUGUCCGUUAUGAUUCAUCUUGCGAUCUCUUUGAAUCGAUUCACCGCUGUCUGGGCACCUUAUGAGUACCAGACGAUUUUCAGCAACAAGCAUACAAAAAUUAUGAUUGCCGCGAUAUGGAUAUUCACCGGCACUGUGGCAUUUUUAUUCUAUGAAAAAUCCUGUCACUUCUAUUACGAAGAGAAAAUACACUUCCUGACGUUCACCUCCUCGAAGUUCUGUGGAUACAUUGGAUGGUAUGGAGACUUUCUGAAAAACGCUUCGAUUGUAGCAGUCGUUGUUUCUAUUGACAUGUUGACAGUUUUUAAAGUCAGGAAAAUGUCAAAGAAGGUUGUCGCCAACAUCAGUGAUCAAUCUCAGCACAGAAUGUCUUGUCGUGAAAUGAGAUUCUUGAAACAAACCGUAACCCAAGGUUCAGUAUUCAUGUUGGAACUUCUCACUUAUUUCUUUGUCCCUCAAUACUUUGAAAACAAAUGGGUCGUUUUCUUUGCCACGUCAUUCGCGUGGGUAGCUGUGCAUGCUGUCGAUGGUUCUAUUAAAAGUAUUUCAUUGUACUCUUGUAAAAUCCCAUUCGAAGGGAAAGAUCCAAAUGUAAUCGGGUAUUUAUGUGCAGUUGAUAGAUGUAUUCAUGAUUUUUUCCAAGAAACCGAGUACGAUCGAUUCGAAUUAAUGUGGAGAAAACUGCCGGAUUCUCUGAAUUGGUGUGCGACGAAUGCGCAGAUGAGUGUUACAAAAUUCACAUCGAAGAAGGAAGUUAUGAUGUUCAAAGUGAAAAAUAUGAUGGAGAAGAAAAAUAUGGAAAUCGGAGAGAGAUGUACUGCAGUUGUGAUUUCAUUUGACAAUGAUGAUUCGCUUCGAGACCUUGAUUUAGAAAAAAUUCUCAAAACGUGUACUGUCCACGAUGUCGAAUUUUCAUCGGCUAGAAUCCAGGGAUUAGCAAAUGUUCUGAAAUCUUUCAACUCCGCAGUGAUUGACCUUCUGAUAGUUGGCCCGUCGAAAGCGUCAUCAUAUCUCUUAUUCCAGCAGUUUUUAGGAGACUACUAUGAUUAUUUGCCCACUCUUUAUAAACUUCGCCCAUUCCCUACCGCGUGCCCGGGAAGAAAAUGGGUUCCUGGAAUCAAUGCAACGGCUGCGUUCCGAGAAAAAGUUCUUGUUGAUGGGAGCAAGUAA